AUGUCUGAGAGACGAGCGAAGCCCGUGUUGGACAAGCCGCCGCCAGCCUACGGGAUUCGGGAGUGCAGAGGCAGGUCGCAGGCUGAAUCCGUAGAUACUGGACAGACGCGAAAAUCGCCAGGUCGACAAUUCCACUUUGUGCGCUUGUGCGCUGGGCCGCCACGCCUCGGCAGUUGGCAGCCAUCGAUCCCACCAAACUUUGCCCCAAGAAGAUGCGGAAUGCGGAAAUUCCCACUCUCGUCCGAUCGGUUACGCGGUUCGCGGAUAGAGCUCCAGUCUCCCGACUCUAGAGCAUUCUCCAGUCUCCAGAGUAUCCUGUAUUCGUACGGAUGCUUUGCACAGAGUGAGCAUGUUCUUCUGUGGCUCACUGGCUGCAGCCCAGUGCGGGAAAAAGUUCGCCACCUCCUUGCAGAUGAUGUUACCAAAUCGUCGGGAUCCGCUCGGGACGUCGCGCGUUACGCGAUGGUGCGCCCGUUUGCACAUGGCUGUGGCAACGACUGUUGGUAUCUGCGCUGCUCUGCACUGGGGCUUGUCAGUCAUCGCAGUUUCUGUAGCCUUCAUUUUCUAAGGGUUUUAUGGAUAUUGUUACGUGUCCAAGGGACAAUUUGA